AUGUCCAACAACAAAAAGAAACCAACAGCAACUUCAAUAUUUUACAAUGAACCAGCGAUGGUGGAGGAAUUGUACACUGGAUACCUGGUCAAGUCCCCCCCUCUAACAGCCGUGACUAAAAACACUCUGUCACAGAAAUCAUGGAAGCGUCGUUUCUUUGAGCUCUCCAAGACAGGGGAAGACUCCUACCAGCUGACAUAUUAUGCAAAUAAUGAAAGGAGAGACAAGCCUUCGGGAGAGAUAGACCUUUCUAAUGAUGAUGUGGAUGGUUUGCUCAAUGCCUUAGUCAAGGCAAUGAAGACCCAGAAAUCAAGAAAUACCCUUCAGGACAGCAAAAUUAGAUCAGCAUCUGAACCUAUAAAGAGUUUAGAACCAAAGGUUGAGGAUGAGCCUGAUGACAGACAGUCAGCACCUGAAUUAAUGCUAACUUACCCAUCACUGUACAGCCAAAAUGACUAUCCUCGCAAGCUCAGCGAUCCUCCACUACCAGUAGCGCUCAAGAUUCCAAUUAUUGAGGAUGAAGAUGAUGAGGACGAGAUGCAGGAUGAAUCUGCAGAAGACAAUGAAUACAUGUCCAUGGCAUCAUUUGAAACGCACACACAUGUUGAGAAGGAGAUCUGCAUUAGUCAAAAUGAUCUGAAAAACAGUCUGAUUUUGACACAAGAAGGCGGAAAACCAUGUGUCUCUGACUGUCGGAAGAUUCAGGACUCGUGUCUCUUCCAUAAGGGGGACCAGAUCCUGGCCUUCAAUGACCUGCUUAUAGACACAGUAGAAGAGAUACAGACAUACGUAAGAAGACUAAGCAAGGAUGAGGUAAAACUCACUAUUCGGCGGCUCAUAGGAUCCCAGCCUCUGCACUCUGAAUCCUGUGCAUCAUAAUGAGGACAAGAAACUGUGGGACAUUAAACCUAAUUCAAGUCUAAUCAUACAGGUCGAAAACAAAGUGUAAAUGAAGAUCAGAAGAGCAGUCAGGUUAUCUAAAGUAACUUGUCCUCUUUUGACUGUAUAUUAAUCAUGUAAAUGUGUAAAAGAGUGUGAAUGUUAGAUUCUCUGACCUUGAAAUGCAACUGGGUGAAAGAAAUCAGUAACAUUUAGAGAAUAUAUAUACAUGAAACUAUGUGAGUGGUAGUGGGUUUAUUAGUUCACAUCUGUUAAUGUGAAGAAUCACAGUCAAGUAUUACUUUAUAAUAAGUAUUAAGGUUAAUUCACACUGAAAAAUGCACAGUUCAAAACUGUUCAUGUAUUUUAACCUCUUUAAAGAUGCACACU